UCUAAGUUUGAAAUUUCCGAAAUGUCAAACCAUUUUAGCCUUCAUAUUUCAGUAACUUCACAUACUUCAAUAUCACAUCACUUCGAACGGAAAAAGAUAGUUUCACAGAAACAAAAUGGGGCUACCCGUUUUUAGAGAUUGCUGCUGCUGCGAGCUGAAGUGGGGAGUUCUAACGGUCGGUAUCGUGGACAUUAUACUAACGUUGUGCCUUGGCGGUGGAAACGGAUCAGGUUAUACUGGUGGUGCCCGCAUUGUUUGGUUUUUAGCUCUUGUUAUCCACGUGGCGCAUAUCGUUGCCUGCGUUUGCGUCAUAGUUUCCGUGUUUAAGCCGGAUAAAAGGUUGGUUAUUCCCUACCUUAUAACCGGUAUCUGCCGGGCAAUCAUCGACACCGUAUUUCUAAUAUUGAUUUGUUUGUAUGUCCGAAUCGGUGAUGCUUUGUUCUUAAUCGUCAUUAUCGUAGCUAUAAUUGUCUUGGGAAUCUAUUUCUGGCUUGUUAUUUACUCAUGGUUCCGCAAACUUGGAGGUUCAACACCGGCCGAUUAAUGACCUCUUCCCAGCAUUUACCGUGGAUAUAUUCGGAAAUGUUCUUCAAUUACAUGACCUUCAAGCACAUGAUGAACCCGAAACUUGGAAGAUCCACCCCGGACAAUUAAUAAGCUGUUUUCCAAUGAAAAUUUUAAAUCAAGAUUUGCACGUGAUUAACAAUUUGGAAUACAAAUUUUAAAGUGAUGGCCUAACGCUCUCAACUCUGUUCCGUGUCUAAAAAUUAAGUCAAAUACAUACAUUUAUGUAUUUAAACUUA